CGCUAGAGUCAUAUUGUCCUAGUGGACUUGCCGUAGCACUUCCGCCGCACACAAUCACGUGGAGCCGAGCAAAGUGAAGAUACUUUUUGACUCGCAACGCGAAUAAAAUCACUGAAAGAUGACUCAGACCCACGAUAUCGUAAAACCCAAGUUAAAACGCACCAAGCGUUUCCUGGAGAGGCGAGCACCCAAACUGUGCGAAGACGGUAAGAGCGCCAUGAUCAUGAAAGGAGGAAACUGCAGUCAAAGUGUCAGCCAGGCACUCAAGGACAUCUAUUCCUUGAAAAAACCCAAUGCUGUGCUUUACAAGAAGAAGAACAUCACUCGGCCAUUUGAGGACUCCACAUCUCUGGAAUUCUUCUCCAAAAAGACAGACUGCUCUCUGUUUCUUUUUGGUUCCCACAACAAGAAGCGACCGAACAACCUCAUAUUUGGUCGCUUGUUUGACUUUCACGUGCUGGAUAUGAUUGAACUGGGAAUUGAGAAGUUUGUCUCCCUGAGUGAGAUUAAGUCCAACACGUGUCCCGAGGGAACCAAACCCAUGCUGGUCUUUGCCGGCGAGGCUUUCGAUUUGGACAACGAGCACAAGCGCCUUAAGAGUCUUUUCACUGACUUCUUCAGGGGUCCUUCUGUGCCUGCGGUGCGCCUGGCAGGUUUAGAACAUGUCCUGCACUUCACCGCCUUGGAUGGGAAAAUAUACCUGCGGAGCUACAGGUGUUUGUUGAAGAAGUCCGGCUGCAGGACUCCUCGCAUCGAGCUGGAGGAGAUGGGCCCCUCCUUUGAUUUGGUUGUGAGAAGAACACACCUGGCUUCUGAUGACUUGUACAAGUUAGCCCACAAACAGCCCAAGGCUCUCAAGCCCAAGAAGAAGAAGAACAUUUCCCACGAUGUGUUCGGCAGCAAGUUAGGUCGAGUGCACAUGCAGAAGCAGGAUCUGUCCAAGCUGCAAACACGUAAGAUGAAGGGUCUGAGGAAGAGAGGAGUGGUGGUGCAGGUGGAGGAGGACAAGGAACAAGACCAGGAAGCUUCCAAAGUGGCCAAACUGGAGACUUGACAUCCCAACAAAAGUUUGUAAAUGUCCACUUUUCUUCAAUAUUAUCCAUUUGAUGUUAUGCUGUGACUCUUGUGGAAGACAUUUCCUCCAUGAAUGGAUUUAUUAUGUGUGCUGACAUCUUCACUCGCCCAGUGGAAGUAUUUCUUACUGCAAGUCAUGAAUUAAACACCCUCAGUCUAGACAACUUCACACAAGUCAAGUGCACUUCUUUCACUCAUCUUACACACUAAUGGCAGUCAGCUCGCUAAGAAACUUAACACUUGUUGGACAGGAAGUAUGCAAUAUAAACACCACCCACAGAGCGCUCUGACACCAUUUGUAGGAAAUAAAAUACAGGAAAAAACACAAACUCUUCAAAAAACUUAAUAAAACUAAAAUAAAAAGGUGCACGGCAAAAAGUGUAGUUAAAGAAAAAGCAAGGCCAGCAACACUUGUAAUUAUUUUAAUACAAACUAGCAAACACAGACUGCUUUGUAAAAUGUCUUGGUCAGUCUGCAAUUGUCAACAGGAAGUGAUGCCCUUAUAUGGUCAAUCACUUGACAUCACAACAAAUCAACAAUGAAAGUGCACAAAUAAUAGACAACAUGG